AUGGAUAUGCAGGAGCCCCGGGAGCUGGGGAUGUUCCCAGAGGGGGAGCUGAUGUCUGUGGGGAUGGACACGUUCAUCCACCGCAUCGACUCCACCGAGGUCAUUUACCAGCCACGGCGCAAGAGGGCCAAGCUCAUCGGGAAGUACCUGAUGGGAGACUUGCUUGGAGAAGGGUCUUAUGGCAAGGUCAAGGAGAUGUUGGACUCUGAAACCCUCUGUAGGAGAGCUGUGAAAAUACUGAAGAAGAAGAAGCUACGCAGGAUUCCCAACGGGGAGGCCAACGUGAAAAAGGAAAUUCAACUCCUGCGACGAUUGCGGCACAAAAAUGUCAUCCAGUUGGUAGAUGUGUUGUACAAUGAAGAGAAGCAGAAAAUGUAUAUGGUGAUGGAGUACUGUGUGUGUGGGAUGCAGGAAAUGCUGGACAGUGUCCCAGAAAAGAGGUUUCCAGUUUUUCAGGCUCACGGGUACUUUUGUCAGCUUAUAGAUGGCUUAGAAUACUUGCACAGCCAAGGGAUUGUCCACAAGGAUAUCAAGCCGGGGAACCUCCUGCUCACAACCAAUGGGACACUAAAAAUAUCUGAUUUAGGCGUAGCAGAGGCGCUGCAUCCGUUUGCAGAGGACGACACGUGCAGAACGAGCCAGGGGUCGCCAGCAUUCCAGCCACCAGAAAUUGCCAAUGGCCUUGACACCUUUUCAGGCUUUAAAGUAGACAUCUGGUCUGCAGGGGUCACACUAUACAACAUUACAACGGGUCUGUACCCCUUCGAAGGAGAUAACAUCUAUAAAUUGUUUGAGAACAUUGGGAAAGGUGACUACACAAUUCCAGAGGAUUGUGGCCCUCCACUCUCAGACUUAUUGAGAGGGAUGCUUGAAUACGACCCAGCCAAGAGAUUUUCAAUACAGCAGAUAAGGCAGCACAAUUGGUUUCGAAAGAAACAUGCUCAGGCAGAGGCUCUGGUGCCCAUACCUCCCAGCCCAGAAACAAAGGACAGGUGGAGAAGUAUGACGGCCGUGCCUUAUCUGGAAGAUCUGCACAGGUACAACGAGGAGGAAGACGAUGACUUGUAUGACAUUGAAGAUGAUAUCAUCUACACUCAGGACUUCACAGUACCAGGACAGGUGCCUGAGGAGGAGGCAGGGCAGAACGGGCAGAGCCGCGGCCGGGGGCUGCCCAAGGCCGUGUGCAUGAACGGGACGGAGCCGGGACAGCUGAGCAGCAAAUCCAAGGCGGAGCGACGGGCCAGCGCCUCUUCCAACCCCUCCCGCAAGGCCUGCUCUGCCAGCAGCAAGAUCCGCAAGCUCUCCACCUGCAAGCAGCAGUGA